GGCUCCUCCUCCCAUGGUCGUGAGGCGCGCGGCCGUCCUCCUCCUGCAUCUUGCGCUUGUCUUCCUCGCAGCUGCUGCUGCGGCGGUGGAUGAGCACCGACCGGCGGGGGCGAGCGCCGGGCGGUGGCGGCGGCGGCGGCGGCUCCAGGCUCUGAUGCAGGAGAAGGCCACGCUGCUGGCCAUGAAGAGCGGCUUCGCGAUGCUCUCGCCGGGGCUGCUUGCUGACUGGAACGAGUCCAACGCCGACGUGUGCGGCUUCACCGGCGUGGCCUGCGACCGGAGGCGACAGCACGUCGUCAGCCUUAAGCUCACCAACAUGAGCAUCGGCGCCAUCCCACCGGCGCUCGGCCGUCUGUCCUACCUCCGGUACCUCGACCUCUCCGACAACCACAUCUCCGGCGCCAUCCCGCCGUUCGUCGGCAACCUCACGCAGCUCCGGGAUCUUUCCAUGUCCGCGAAUCAACUCUCCGACGCCAUCCCGGCGUCGUUCGGCAACCUCACGAGCCUCGUCAACCUCGACCUGUCCGGCAAUUUUCUCCGGGGUGAAAUACCGGCAGAGCUCUCCAACAUCCGCGACCUUGCAGACCUCAACCUCAGCCAGAACCAGCUCGUCGGCGCCAUACCGCCAUCCCUCGGCAACCUUACGCAGCUCAAGGGUCUCGACUUGUCGAACAACAAUCUCACAGGUCGAAUCCCCGGCGAGCUCUCCAACAUCCGCGUCCUGGAAGCCCUCAACCUCGGCCAGAACCAUCUCGUCGGCGGCAUACCGCCGUCGUUCACCGAGCUGGCGCGGAUGUUCUACCUCAGCCUCGAGAAGAACAACCUGUCAGGUACUAUCCCCGCCGCUAUCUUUACGAACUGCACGGACAUGGGCGUGUUCGACCUCGGCGACAACAACAUCUCCGGCGAGAUCCCCGGCGACGCUUCGCCCAACCUUGCCGAGACUUUUGCCGUCCUUAAUCUCUACUCCAACAGGCUCACCGGGAGGCUUCCCCGGUGGCUUGCCAACUGCACUAUCCUCUACCUGCUGGACGUGGAGAACAACUCGCUCGAGGACGAGCUGCCGACCGCCAUGAUCUCCGGCAAGAAGAACCUCACGUACCUGCAUUUGUCCUACAACGUCCGGUUCACGAGCGGCGACGGCAACACCAACCUGGAGCCGUUCUUCAGGGCAGUGUCGAACUGCUCGAGCAUACUGGAGAUCGAGGCCGCGUCGUUGAAGAUCCGCGGGCGGCUGCCGAGCCUCCUCGGCUGGUUGCUGCCGCCGAACAUGUCCCACCUCAACCUCGAGCUCAACGCCAUCGAGGGCCCUAUCCCGGCCGACAUUGGCGACGUGAUAAACAUCACGCUGAUGAACCUGUCGAGCAACCUGCUCAACGGGACGAUCCCGGAGUCCAUCUGCCGGCUGAAGAAGCUGCAGCAGCUCGACCUGUCCAACAACUGGCUCACCGGCCCCGUGCCGGCGUGCAUCGGCGACGCCGCGAGCCUCGGCGAGCUGGAGCUGGCGAGCAACGCGCUGUCGGGGAACAUCCCGAGCAGCAUCGGCAGUCUGACCCUGCUCCUCUACCUCUCCCUGCGUGGGAACCAGCUGUCCGGGGAGAUACCGGCGAGCCUCGGCCGGUGUGGCGGCAUUCUCCGCCUCGACCUCUCCGGCAACCGUUUGACCGGCGAGAUACCUGACGUGGUUGCCGGCAUUGCCAAGAGGUCGCUGAACCUCUCGCACAACCUGCUCGCCGGCAGCCUACCGAGGGGGCUCAGCAUGUUGCAGCAGGCGGAGGUCGUCGACCUGUCAUGGAACAAUCUCACCGGCACGAUCUUCCCGGAGCUCGGCGGCUGCGCCGAGCUGCAGGUCCUCGACUUGUCGCACAACUCGCUCACCGGCGUCCUCCCUUCGUCGCUCGACGGCCUCCAGAGCAUUGAGCGCCUCGACGUCUCCGACAACUCCCUCACCGGUGAGAUCCCGUCGACCCUCACCAAAUGCACCACGCUCACCUACCUCAACCUGUCGUACAACGACUUCGCCGGCGUCGUGCCCACCACCGGCGUCUUCACGCGGUUCAACUCGACGUCGUACCUCGGCAACCCACGGCUCUGCGGCGCCGUGGUCCGGCGCCGGUGCGGGAGGCACCACCGGUGGUACCAGUCCCGGAAGUUCUUGGCCGUCAUGUGCAUCUGCGCCGCCGUGCUGGCGUUCGCGCUGACCAUCCUCUGCGCGGUCAGCAUCCGGAAAAUCCGGGAGCGGCUGGCGGUUGUGCGGGAGGAGUUCAGGAGGGGCCGACGCGGCGGCGGCGGCUCGUCGCCGGUGAUGAAGUACAAGUUCCCGCGGAUCACGUACCGGGAGCUUGUGGAGGCGACGGAGGAGUUCAGCCCGGACCGGCUCGUCGGCACGGGCAGCUACGGCCGGGUGUACCGAGGCACGCUGCGCGACGGCACCAUGGUCGCCGUGAAGGUGCUGCAGCUGCAGUCCGGGAACUCCACCAAGAGCUUCAACCGCGAGUGCCAGGUGCUGAAGCGCAUACGCCACCGGAACCUCAUGCGGAUCGUCACGGCGUGCAGCCUGCCGGACUUCAAGGCGCUGGUGCUGCCGUUCAUGGCGAACGGCAGCCUCGAGCGGUGCCUCUACGCCGGGCCGCCGGCCGAGCUGAGCCUGGUGCAGCGCGUCAACAUCUGCAGCGACAUCGCCGAGGGGAUGGCCUACCUGCACCACCACUCGCCGGUGAAGGUCAUCCAUUGCGACCUCAAGCCCAGCAACGUCCUCAUCAACGACGACAUGACCGCCCUCGUCUCCGACUUCGGCAUCUCCCGCCUGGUCAUGAGCGUCGGCGGCGUCGCCAACGCUGCCGACGUCGGCGCCUCCACCGCCAACAUGCUCUGCGGCUCCAUCGGAUACAUCCCUCCAGAGUACGGCUAUGGCUCGAACCCGACGACGAAAGGCGACGUGUACAGCUUCGGCGUGCUGGUGCUGGAGAUGGUGACGAGGAAGAAGCCGACGGACGACAUGUUCGACGCCGGGCUGAGCUUGCACAAGUGGGUCAAGAGCCACCACCACGGCCGGGCCGACGCGGUGGUCGACCAGGCGCUGGCGCGCAUGGUCCGGGACCAGACGCCGGAGGUCAAGAGGAUGUCCGACGUGGCCAUCGGCGAGCUGCUGGAGCUCGGCAUCCUCUGCACCCAGGAGAGCGCGGCCGUGCGCCCGACCAUGAUGGACGCCGCCGACGACCUGGACCGGCUCAAGCGGUACAUCGGCGGCGAGACCACGGCCACGUUCGCCUCGUCGCUGGGCUUCUCGUCCACAACAUUUGAAGAUUUCGACGAGUAGCAGCAACUCCCUAUGGAUGCAUGGAUCGUAAUGCACGUGUAAAUAUCUAGGGAUUUAGCUAUAAGAGACGUGAAGAUUUGUCCAAAAAAGGCGUGCAAUUGUGCAGAAA